GAUAUAUGUUCCUUGUUUGUGAUUAUUUAUUCGCUUCACCAACAAAUUACAAAACAAAAAGCCGAAAUUUUCUAUUUUUAAAUUUAAUGAAUAAUUAUUCAUUAUUUCUGAGUGAGAGUGUGUAUUUACUGUAGGUAUAUGAAAAAUUAAAGAUUUUGUUAUAUUCUAUCGGUAUUAAAUUAGUCGAACAAUAGCUGUGUCUUAAAAUGUUUGAUAAAUAUAGAAGGUUUCUUCUGAAUAGAAUGACUUCUACUCCAGAAAUUGUAGAAGAUAUUGAAAACAGUCUGGCUACAGAGGAUGAAACGGUAAAGCAUUCAUUGCAUAAAAUUUUGGAGAUCCCAUAUGUAGGCGCGCUUUAGCCUUCUAACAUCUAUUGGAUGACCGAGGGCAGUAGCGAGUUUAUUUUCAUGGGUGUUUAUGCGAUUUUUAUAGCACAUUGAUCUGAGUUCAACCUCUUCUUUUACUGUUUUUAUGUCAAGAUACUCAUGUAGUUCCGAUAUCUUAGUGAACCAUGGAGCAUUUGUGAUGGUUUUUAAAACUUUAUUCUGAAAUCUUUGUAAUAUUUCCAAGUUUGAGUUUUUGGCUGUGCCCCACAGUUCAAUGCCGUAGGUCCACACUGGUUUUAUUACUGUUUUAUAAAUGAGCAAUUUAUUACUGAGUGAGACAUGCGAAUGCCUUCCCAUAAGCCAGUUAAGUUUUCUGAAGGUUUGAUUUAGUUCAUCGCGUUUUUUUACUAUAUGCGUUCUCCAUGUUUGUUUUUUGUCUAGGUGUAUCCCAAGAUAUUUUGCGGUGUAACUGUGGGGGAUAAUAUCAAGUCCCAGUUUAACAGGAGUACAUUCGUCCAUUCGUCCAAAUGUCACAUGUGUUGACUUCGUGGAACUAGCUUUGAUACGCCAUUUAAUCAUCCAUGAAUUUAUCUUGUUCAGGUGUACUUGUAGAAUAUUUGAAGCCAUAUUUGCGUCUUUGUUAUUACACAAUACAGCUGUAUCAUCAGCAAAUGUAGCGGUGAGUACGCUGUUUGAGAUAGGAAUAUCUGCAGUGUAUAAUAAAUAGAGUGUGGGACCCAAAACGGAACCCUGGGGAACACCUGCUUGAAUGUCAUGGAAGUUCGAAUACGCGUCAUUGAUUUUCACUCGAAAUAUUCUUUGAUUGACAUAUGACUUCAGUAACAUGAAGAAGUUGUGUGGGAGGCAAUGUUUGGCUUUAAAGAGCAAUCCAUUGUGCCAGACCUUAUCAAAAGCCUGUUGAACAUCCAAAAAAACAGCAGAGCAAUAUUGUUUACUUUCUAGGGCUUCUCUAAUUUGUUUGACUAUUCUGUGUACCUGUUCCACAGUGGAGUGUCGGCUUCGGAAUCCAAAUUGAUGCUGGGGAAUAAUUUCCCUUUCAUGAAGAAUGGUUUUGAGUCUGGACAGAGUUAUUUUUUCAAAUACCUUGGACAAUGUUGGUAGUAGGCUUAUUGGUCUAUAAGAUGUGACUAAAUGCGGUGGCUUCCCAGGUUUCGGUAUCAUAAUAAUUUCCGAAAUUUUCCAAAUAGACGGGUAGUGGGAUGUUCUCAAGAUGCCAUUAAAAAGCUGAGUCACAAAGACAAUCGCUUUUCUUGGAAGUUGUAGUAAGACCUCUGCCGUUAUUAAACAGAAUCCUGGAGCUUUGUGAAGUUCAAGUUCUUUUAUUACUCUCCAGACCUCUCUGGGGGUGCAGCUUUUUAUUGGUAAGCUUAGUUGAAGGUCGCUAUCCAGAAACUCUGCGACUUCUCUAUCAGUGUCUGGGUCGCCGUUAUUUGAAGUAAAAACUUCACUUAGAAACUUGGCAAAGGCUUCCGCACGUUCAUUAUCUUUCCUGGCCCAAGUACCAUUAUCUAGUUUUAGUGGGUGUUUUAUGGUUACAGGCGAAGCUUUGUUAGUCUUUACGGCUCUAUACAAUGAAUAUUCAUUGUUUUUCGACGCAGACAGAUUAAUCAGUUUAUGUUUCAAUGUGUCAUUUUCUACGUCUUUUAAAUAGGAUGUAAGUUCCGCUGCUGCCAGGUUUAGCGCCUUUUUGUCCAACGGAUGACGACUAGUAUGCCAAACUCUUCUGAGCCUCCUUUUCUCUAGUACCUUAUUUUUGAUAUCCAUGGGUAAGUUGUUACUACCUGGCGUGUAUCUUAUAUCCGGUGUAGAAAUCCAUGCUGCAGUUUGUAUCAUGUUUGUUAUGGUUUCUGCUGCUUCAUCAAUGUCGUCAUUCGUUUUGAGUGGAACUUUUAGCGAUAGAUUAGUAUCAAUAUAUUUUCUGAAUGCUGACCAAUCAGUUUGUUUGUUGUAUAGACAUUCUUUGGCGGGUCUUGAAAUUAUUGAUGUACUAACCGUACUUAGUACUGGUGUAUGGUCUGAGCAACUAUCAUAGCAACUAUCUAUACUUAUAUACAAGUUUGAUAGCCCUUUAUAUAUAUAGAAGUCUAAGAGGUCCGGUAAUUUAUUGGGAUCUGUAGGCCAGUAAGUUGGUUCACCUGUACUUAAAAUACUGAGGUUAUUUUUGAUUAUACUUGAAUUAAGUUCUCUGCCUCGAGGUAGAGUUAGUCGUGAUCCCCAUUGCACGUUUUUGGCAUUCCAGUCACCACCACAGAUGUAUCUAUUUCCAAGAGUUUUAAAAUAUUCUGUGAAGUGAGUUUCCUUUGGGUUUGGUUUUGGGGGGCAGUAAACAGCUGAGAGAGUAAGAGACCCAUGAUUAUCGUACAAUACAAUGGUUGUAGCUUGUAAGUGAGGUGUUUUGUAGUCUUCAAGGACAUCAUGUUUCAAAGCUUUCCUUACAAUUACUGCUGUUCCAGCAUGGGCAGUUCCAUCAGGAUGGGGUGUUGUGUAUGUUAUAUAGUCUUUUAUAGCAAAAUUGUGGUUGGUAGUAAGAUGAGAUUCUGACACCAGUAGUACGUCUAUUUUGUGGAUUUUCAAUAGUAGUUCGACGUCACUCUUAUGUCCAAUCAGACCAUUAACGUUCCAUGUUGCCAAUCUUAGAGUAGCCAUUAGAUUAUCUUUUGUAUUACUGUGGUCAAUAAGUUCAUCAUUAUUGACAUUUGGUCUAUUAAUUUGUCUAGCUUUUCAGCUUGUUUUGUGAGUAGUAUUUCUAGCUUAGAUUCUGUUGUAGUUUCAUCUUUGUUCUGAAUUUUAGCGACUUCUGCAUAUGUCCUAGUAUUAAACUGGCUUGAGGAGUGUUGUCUAGUAUAUGCGUGUUCCUUCUCCUUUGAUGCGAAGGGUCUAUCUAAUUUUUGUAUAUUUUCUUGUUUUCCAGUGCUUUGUUGUUGGUCUUUAUCCUCUGUUUGUUUUCUUGGUUUUAUAUAAUCUCUUCGUGAAGUAUUUCUUUUUCUUUUGUUGAUUUCUACAUAAACUUCACAGCCUUUGUAGUUUGCUGGGUGAUUACCUAAACAGAGGCAACACUUUGCUGGGGUAUUCCGGUCUUUUUUUGGGCAGUCUACUGUGUUAUGGCUCUCUGCACAUUUUACACAUCUAUAUGGCCUAAGACAGUUAUUCUUAGUGUGGCCAUAUUGCUGACACCUUUUGCAUUGGGGCACAUUUGCCUUUCUUAUUGGAUCUUCAAUAAUGACCUUUGUAUUGAAUAUAUGGGUAAUUUUCUUAACCUCUGUAUUGUUUGGAUGUGGGUCUAGGUUUACAAAGAAUGUCGAUAGUGGUAUUUUAUUAGGUCCAUAUCGAGCAUUUAUUAUUUCACCACGAACUGUGUUUCCGGACUGCUCUAUAGCUUCUUGUAUUGCCUCUUUAGGUGUACUUGGAUGGAGCUUCUUAAUUACAAUUCUGUAAGGUCUUGUAUCCUUUCUAGAAAAGGUGUGUCCAAUCAGAUUGUUUUCUCUUACUAUUUUCAUAAGGCAGUGAUAAGACUCUAUAGUCGGACAACUAAGUCUUAAUUGGUUUCGGGUAACAAUUUUGAUGGUGAACUCUUCUUUAUCUAAUUUUGAUCUGAUUAGUUCUGUCAGUUUUGCAACAUCUUCAAUGCCAUAUAGCAUGAUGGGGGGAGGUUUGAAUACAUGCUGUUUAUUGUUUGUAGGUAGGGUUUCAGAAUCAUCUACAUCAAUAUCCAAUGAUCCGAAUUGGUUUGACACUGGCAUGUUCCCUUUUGGUGAUGGUGUGGCAGACAUAAUCUUUCGUUUUGGGUUUCUGAUUGUAGGUACCCUCUGCCACUCAGGGCGUUGAACAGAUGUGUGUGUUUGGGGUUCCUUGUUGUUGUGUUCAGUGAGAUCUAUAGGUGGUUUUGUAUUACUAAAGCAUGGUGCACUACCUGUAGACAUGCUUCUUGUUCUCACAAAUAGGCUGGGAUGAAAAGCCUGCUGAAUUAGUUUCUUUCCAGUAACAUUAACAUGCACUGGAGCCUGGUUACUCACUCCAGUGGUGUCUUCGGUAACAGAUUUCACACUCUCUAGCCCGGAUACCAGAGAGCGCCGGGGGUUAGCCGGAUGGUUUGCAGGUGGCCAGAAGGCAAUGUAGAACUGUUUGAGACAUUGUAUGAAUACUUUGGACUAAUGUUCAUACCCCACAACUUUGUGGCGAGCAAUUUAGUCACAUCCUUCUAUACAGACAGUCUGACAUUGGUGCUGAAGGUAAUGAAGAUGGAUUUCAUGUUUCAAUACAACAGAAACAUGUUCAGUUUGGAUAUAUUAUUAAAUGACAAAACUACUACAGAGUGUUUUGGUGAUAAAAUUACAAUUGAUGAAGUUGUCACAAAAAUUAUUAACCAACGAUUCAAUGAACAUAGAGAAUUGAAUUUGACAAACUUUUGCAAUGAUCCAGUACUUCAUGAAAGGAAAAUCCAUUUCCACAAACUGGUUUUGCUGGCACAUUUCAAAAUCCUCAUGCUCAGAAUGGGUAAAGAAACAAGAAUUUUGAAUUUAUCUUCUAACAAUUUGAGCCAAGUACCAUCAGAAAUAUUGAAUUUUUUCAUCAAAGGUGAUCUGAUUGGCGUCAACUUAAGUAAUAAUAAUAUUCCAUCAUUAGCCGAGUUACAAAGGAUAAGCAGUAAAAUUGAGAAACUGUGGGUCGAAGGAAAUCCAUUAUGUGGAGACAUUUUGGACGCUGUCACAUAUAUAAGACAAAUAUCACAGAAGUUUCCCAGGUUGACUGAAUUGGAUGGGGUGCCCUUAAAUAACCAUGGUGUAAAGAUGCCAUUCUUCAAACACCAUGUCAACGAUCUGGGUAACAAAACUAAAUUGGUCAUAGAAAAGUUUGUAACACUCUACUUUGGCCAUUACGAUACAAAUCGCUUAAAGCUCGAGAAUUUCUAUGUUCCACAUGCCAAUUUCACAAUUACUACUGAUUUUAAAGAAACAGCGGAAGAUAUAUUAAAAGAUCCAUACGCGAGGCAUUCGCGGAACUUCAUCAAUCCCGUGAAGCGCGCCAUGUACGUGGAGAAGAAUAAGAAGAGAUCCUACCACAGUCAACAGGCGGUGAUCACCGUUUUGAACUGUCUGCCGCCGACUGAGCACGACUUGAGCACUUUCCGCAUCGACGUAUUGCAACACGACUCGAAAUGUUUAGUUUUCGUCAUAGACGGAGUGUACAAAGAGUUGCCACAUAGACUCAGCAAAGAGAGGUUCAUACAUUUCAGAAGGACAUUCAUAUUGUACUACGCUGUUAAACCUUAUAACAAUAUGUUGACAAGUUAUGUAAUUGUUCACGAAAUGUUCUCAGCUUCACUUGCAUCGCCUGAGAUUGUUCGCAAUAGUUUUAAGUUUCCAAUAAGAAAUAUAUGUCAGAUCAAGCUAAUAGAACCCGACACGGAAGAUGUACAGACUAUGUGCAAUAUAUUCAUCUAUUACACCAAGCUGAAGAAAAGUGAGGCGAAAGCGCGACUCAUCAAAGUCGACUGGGACAUAAAGAAGGCGCUGAAGCAAUUUACGUAUGAUCUCAAAAGUGGUGCCAUUCACUCGGACAAAUUCAUAGAGGAUGAUGAUUUCUCUGACUUGUCAUCCCUUUUGGAAGAUGAAUUAGAUUAAUAUAAAAUUUG